AUGAACAAAGCAGUUAUUUACUUAGGAUGCCUGGAGAGCCGGUUUGGUGAUGCUUUGCUCAGCCUGGGCUCUGUCCUCGAUGUCUCCAGCCUCCGGGAAGUCGUCAAAGAUGCCAUCGCUUCCGUGCUACCCAAAGUGGAAAGGGUGUACGUCUACCUUUUGGAUGAAGAAGCCCGGCUGACCUGCAACGACCCACCUCACGAACUACAAGAGGGAAAACUCCGGGAUGUUGUCCUCAAGCAAAAACGGGUGGAGUGCAACGGCCUGCCAGCAGCUGAGCUACAGGGCAAGCCGAUGGUCAACCUGGCUGCACCGUUACCUCCGGACAACCAAGUGCUGAUAAUCCCCUUGGUGGACAAGGACGCCGGGGCCGUGGUUUGCGUCAUCCUGGUGCACUGCAGCCCUCUGUGUGACGCCGAUGAACAUCACCUGCAAGCUUUGGAGAAACACAUCCUCGUGGCCUACAAGCGCAUCCAAGCCCUGCAGAAACGGCAGCCCUGGCCCCAGGUCAGCCUCUCCACCAGCUCCUCACAGAACUCCUUGGCCAAAGCUGAGAAAACCCCCAAGAGCAGCUACAGCGAUUUGGACCGCAAGAUCCUCCAACUGUGCGGGGAGCUGUAUGACUUGGACGCUGCUUCGCUCCAGCUCAAAGUCAUUAAUUAUCUGAAGCAGGAAACCCACUCUCCCUGUUGCUGCCUUCUCUUGGUAUCUGAAGAACACCAGCUGUUCUGCCAGGUCGUCGGGGAUAAAGUGCUGGAAGAAGAGAUCAGCUUUCCACUCACGUUUGGCCGUCUGGGGAAGGUGGUGGAAGAAAAGAAGUCCAUCACUUUGCGACACAUCAGUGUGGAAGAACACAAGCAGCUGAACAGCAUGCUGGGAUUUGAGGUGACAGCCAUGUUGUGCGUCCCGGUCAUCAGCCAGGCCACCUCCCAAGUAGUGGCUCUGGCCUGCGCUUUUAACAAGCUCGGAGGAGAGAGCUACACCGAAGCAGACGAACACAAGAUCCAGCACUGCUUCUGCUACACUUCCACCGUGCUGACCAGCACCUUGGCCUUCCAGAAGGAGCAGAAGCUGAAAUGCGAGUGUCAGGCACUCCUGCAGGUGGCCAAGAACCUCUUCACUCAUCUCGAUGACGUCUCGGUACUGCUGCAAGAGAUCAUCACCGAAGCCCGGAAUCUGAGCAACGCCGAAAUAUGCUCCGUGUUCCUCUUGGAUCGAAGCAGCCAUGAACUAGUGGCCAAAGUGUUUGAUGGGGGCGUGGUGGACGAUGAGAGCUACGAAAUCCGGAUUCCGGCGGACCAAGGCAUCGCAGGCCACGUGGCCACGACCGGAAAGAUCCUUAACAUCAAGGACGCCUAUUCCCAUCCCCUCUUCUACCGCGGCGUGGACGACAGCACCGGCUUCCGCACCCGGAACAUCCUCUGCUUUCCCAUCAAGGAUGAGAACCAGGAGGUCAUUGGAGUGGCUGAGCUGGUGAACAAGAUCAACGGGCCUUGGUUCAGCAAGUUUGAUGAAGACCUAGCCACUGCAUUCUCCAUCUACUGUGGCAUCAGCAUUGCUCAUUCUCUGCUUUAUAAGAAAGUCCACGAGGCCCAGUACCGCAGCCACCUGGCCAACGAAAUGAUGAUGUACCAUAUGAAGGUGUCUGAGGAUGAGUACACAAUCCUUCUCAAUGAAGGUAUCAAGCAGGUGCCAGAGUUCGAUGUCAACUUUGACAAAUUCACGUACACCCCCCGUUCUCUUCCCGAUGACGACACGUGCAUGGCCAUCUUGAGCAUGCUGCAAGACAUGAACUUCAUCAACAGCUACAAAAUCGAUCGCCAUACACUUGUCAGGUUCUGCCUGAUGGUGAAAAAGGGAUACAGGGACCCUCCGUACCACAACUGGAUGCACGCCUUCUCCGUCUCCCACUUCUGCUACCUGCUCUACAAAAACCUGGAGCUGAUCAAUUACCUGGAAGACAUCGAAAUCUUUGCCUUGUUUAUCUCCUGCAUGUGUCACGACCUGGACCAUCGGGGCACGAAUAACUCCUUUCAGGUGGCUUCGAAAUCGGUCCUGGCAGCCUUAUACAGCUCUGAAGGCUCUGUGAUGGAGGACUACCAAAGGAUGCUGGAUUUGAUGCGAGACAUUAUUCUGGCAACUGAUCUGGCUCACCACUUGAGAAUCUUCAAAGACCUCCAGAAAAUGGCAGAAGUCGGCUACGACCCCAAAAACAAGAACCACCACAGCCUCCUGCUGUGCCUUCUCAUGACCUCCUGCGACCUCUCCGACCAGACGAAAGGCUGGAAAACCACCCGCAAGAUUGCUGAACUGAUCUACAAGGAAUUCUUCUCCCAAGGAGAUCUGGAAAAAGCCAUGGGCAACCGACCGAUGGAGAUGAUGGACCGAGAGAAGGCCUACAUCCCUGAGCUGCAGAUCAGCUUCAUGGAACAUAUCGCCAUGCCUAUUUACAAGUUACUCCAGGACCUCUUCCCCAAGUCAGCCGAGCUGUACGAGAGGGUGGCGAGCAACCGGGAACACUGGACCAAAGUCUCGCACAAGUUCACCAUCCGAGGCCUCCCCAGCAACAAUUCCCUGGACUUUCUGGACGAGGAAUACGACCUGCAGACGAUGGCGGACAACGGGGCCAAGUUGAACGGGUGCCUGGACUGCGAAGAGGGGCACCUGGGGGAGGUGAUGGAAUGACGCCCACCGCCCCCC